GUUAGCUGGAAAUAUGGGAAGCGUUAAUGAGUUCGCCUUCCCGGCUGGAGAUGAAAGCGACGCCAGCAACGACGAGUGGGACAUUGGCUCCUUUUCGGAAAACAAGACUUCUGGCAUAAAGGACUUAGCCUCUGCUGAGAUGGGUUCAGGCGACAAAGUCUCUGUGCUGAAAAAAGCCAUCAGUGAAGGAGACACAGAUACUGUCAAACAACUGUUGAACAAUGGACUAGAUGUGGAAACCAGGCUGGGCUUUGGAUGGACUCCUCUCAUGUAUGCCGUCAGUGUGGCGAACUGCAACCUGGCCAGGCUGCUGUUGGACAGAGGAGCCAGUGCCAAUUUCAGCAAAGAUUGUUGGACCGUGCUCAUGGCCAGUUGUACUGCCUCUAGCAGUGAAGACAAAAUAGCACAUUGCGUCGAGCUUCUGCUGUCCAGGUCCGCAGAUCCCAACAUGGUGGACAGGUCUCAAAUGACAUGCCUGAUGUUGGCAGCCAGAGAUGGCCUCUGUAAGGUGAUAAACCUACUGGUGUCCCAUGGGGCAGAAAUCAACGUCCAGGACAGUAAAGGAUACACAGCCUUGUCCAUAGCAGUUCAAUAUGGCAAGGAACAGGCAGUGUUAAAGCUCCUCCAGUUGGGAGCUGACAAAACCAUAAGAACAAAGACUGGCAAAAGCCCUGCUAAUCUAGCUGAGAUGCUCAGACACACUCAGAUAGCACGGAUUUUAGCUUCAUCUUCCAAACUCUCUGCUGUCCCAGCCUGCUCUUCUUCUAUGGAGGAGACACUAGCUAAGCUUUUUACGACAAACUCUGAUGUUCUAUCUUCUGUGGAAAGUGCAACAAAGCUUGAUGAACUUGAACUUCUCCUGCAUGGCCUUAAUCUGGGGUACCUCAAUGACAUCAUGACUGAAAACGACAUCACCUGGAGCUACCUGUUGACCAUGGAGAAGGAGGACUUUGAAAAGAUUGGCAUUACCAACCCAGUGGACCAGCAGAAGGUGUUGAGUGCUGUGCAGCAGAUGCACUUGGACAAAGUAGACCUAGACAAGAUCCAACUGGGAACUGGAGAGAAUGGGUGUGAAGAUCUGCAAAACUUCCUCCUAAGUGUGCGUCAUCAGUGCUGCUACCUGACGGAGAUGCUUCAGGAUGUCAUCAGCCGUUUCCCCCGUCAGGCCUCUCAGCUGGUCAUCUCUCUGGACCCGAAGAAGGAAGCCCAGACUGUCUGCAGGCAGCUGGUUGUCCAAACUAAAGACCUGCAGAAGGAAGUCAGCUGCCUCCACAAUCUGCUUUGCCAGAUGGAUGCAGCUAAGGAUUGCUGUCAGCUUCCUGAACCUGAUUCUCAGGAGAGAGUCUGGACCUGGGCUGUGACCGGAGUUGGUGUGAGCAUGCUGGGAGCCGCGCUCUUCCUGUUCCUCUGCAAACCUUCAAGGGCCGCAUGAACACAAGAAUUCAUGAACAUUAGAAUGAAAGGAUUCAUUCUAAUGUCUUAUUUGAUUACUGUAAACUAUAUAAAACAGGGUUACAUUUCAGGCAUGGUUGGGAAGUUUAACUUGUCUUCCUUCUGUUUUCUUCUUGUAAUUAGUUUGAUUUUGCUCUUAAAAGUGUUUUGAGUUAGGCUGAAGGUUAACCAAGAGAUUUUGCCUCUGUUGCCAAAUAAAAAAUUGGGACAUUUCAAUUUUUUCCCCACAAUUGUAAGAAGCUCAGCCUCUUUGUUUGAGUCAAACAACAAAACAUCAAGAGUGCGGCGAUGGCGCAGGAGUAAAGUCCUAAAAGCGGCCAGCAGCGGUUUGAGUCCUGGCCUAUCUCAACCCGCUUUCUGACCACUCUCCAAUAAAGACCAAUGGAGCCAGAAACAUACCUU